AUGCUGACGGAAUCGCUUCCCUCGGACAGGAAGGUCAGUUUCUCAGCGGGAUGCGGCCAAGCCUUGCAGGCGCCCUUCGAGAUUCUCGAGGGCAGUCAUCACCCACAGACAACUGCCAACAUCGGAGUUUCACUCCCUGGAAACACGCUCAAGGGACCAGCAGAGCGGUGGCAGCAGCUCUCUAUGGCCAUCGCGGUCGAGGGUAGUGCCUGUUGCGACCCCUUCGACCGGGACGACCUCCUCUGCCACGCUGUCGCGCACUCUGCGGCGUGUGCGCGGAACCUCAUGCUCGCCCAUGGCCUCCUUGUAUCCUUUGUGCUUGGCGUAUACGGUCGCACCUGCCGCAUCUUGCGAUUCGACCAUACGUGCGGACUCGUCUCGGAGGCGUUCGACUAUACGAGGCGUCCGGAUCUCUUACGUCGGUUCUUCUGGAACUUUGUACAUCCCUGUCUAGGCGACACCGUUGUAGGAUGCGACCCUACAGUCCAUGCGCUCGUUAAUGCCGACGUCAUCUGGGCCGAAAAGCAGCUAGCGGCGAUGAAGGUGACCAAAGCCAUCCUUAUUCCACAAGAGGGCCGCCGGGUUGACGUAUACGACGAUACCGAUGCCUCGACUCGGUCGUUUAUCCUCCUCAAGCCACUCAGCGCUGAACGGCGGCUCUUCUCGCGGGCAACAACGGUAUGGCUUGCUAUCGAAGACGUGCGCAGCCGAACAAAUAAUGAUCAAACUGACACCGGCAUGCCAUCCCCGAAGUUGGUCAUCGUCAAGGAAGCCUGGCGGGAAAUUGAGACCCGUUCGGAGGCUCUCAUCUACCAGAUCUUGCAGCACGCCAACCAGGCCGAGCGUUUUGGCCUUCCGAAAUUGGUGUGUGGCGAGGACCUCGGGGAACGGGAGGUCGCACUGUGGAAGACUGGCAAGCUCGAGUAUGCUUACCGCGAACGCAGCCAAAUGCGCCUAGUCAUCGACGUCGUUGGUCGUCCGUUGGCUGACUUCCAGAGUACGAAACAGCUCGUAAGGGCGAUUCGCGACGUGGUCAGAGGACAUGAGAAUGCUUGGAGGAUAGGUGUACUCCACCGCGACAUCAGCGAAGGCAACGUGCUCCUCGUGGACGAAAAUCUGGCUUCAUUGUUCCCCUUCACGGCCUUCCUGCAUGACUUCGACUACAGCUGGUUUGCAUCUCAGCAGGAAGAUGCAAGCACAUCGACAUGCAGCGUCACAGCUUCGGGCGAUAAAAUGCCGAACUCAGACGACAGAGUACUCUUAGGACAGACUGUGGGUCUCUGGCGUUCUUCUCGACUGACUUCAAGCUGA